GCGGGGUCGGCGGGGCGGGCAGUCAGUCAGCUGAGCCGAGUCGGGCCGCCGCCGCCAUGGGCGCGUCGUGAGGGUAGCUGCUUCAGAGAUGUCCAGCAAGUUGAAAGGCCGUCCUGCUGAAAAUGGAGAGCAUCCCAAGGGUAAAAUGGAAAACGGAGUGGACAGUGGGGCUGCCCCUGCCCUUAGUACCUACACCCCAGAGGAGAUGGUGCAGCAGAUGAAAGAACUAAUCACUGAGAACAACGAGUUAAAAGAAGCCAUGAAGUUGCAUAACCAAGCUAUGAAGGACCGAUACGAGGAACUUUCCAUCUGGAGAGAGAAGCAGAAGGAAGAACGAGAAUUUUAUGAGUCAAAGUUUAAGGAGGCGAAGCAGUGCUUGCAGGCCAAGUGCAUUGAAAAUGAACAACUACAGCAACAACUUCAGAGCUUGAAGGAAAAAGAAGAAGGAGCUGAAAUGGAGGGCUGCGUGGCUCUCGAGAAGGAAGUGAGGAACCUGAAAUCCCAGGUGCAGCGGCUCCAGGCUGAGAAGGCAGAUCUGGUUGCCAUCAUUUCAGAACUGCAAGUCAAGCUGAACAUGUCAGCAGAGGAUUCCUUUGUGGAGAUUGGGAUGACUGAAGGAGAAAUAAAUAGAACUGCAAAGGAACAUCAAGAGAAUGGUGGUGAAACGACCGGGAAUGUUGCUGUCUACAUCAGGAGCAAAUCUGCAGAUGAAUCUAAGAAUUUGGAGUCCGAGGAGCUAACUGUGAGCCAGCUGCUAUGCUCCCUUAGAAAUGAAACUCAGAAGAGGGAAAAACUUGAGAAGGAGCUGCAGGAUCACAGAGAGAGACUGUCAAAGCUGGAGAAGGAAACCAGCAACUGCCUGGACAGUGGGACACAAACUGAACAGGAAGAAGAGACUUCAGAGGCUGUUGGCAGUGAAGUAGAAGCCCUGAAUUUGCAAGUUUGUGCUCUGUUUAAGGAGCUUCAGGAAGCCCAUGAGAAGUUAAAAGAAGCAGAAUUGAUUCAGAAGAAGCUUCAAGAAAAGUGCCAAGCACUGGAAAGAAAAAGCUUGGUUGCUGCAUCAGAAUUGGAGGAGAAGCAGCAGCUAAUAUACACUGUCAAGAAGCUGGAACUUCAGGUGGAGAGCAUGCAGUCAGAGGUCAAGCUGGAACAAGCCAAGACGCAUGAAGAAAAGGCAAGAUACAAUAGCCUGCAGGACUCAUAUAGCAAACUUCUUCCUCAACUCACUGAGGCAAUGAAACAAAUUGAUGAAAUGAAACUCAAAGAGCUGGACAGAGUGGAUAAAGCUGUGGUGGAACAACUGAAAGCAAAGGUGGAUUUGGCAGAACAAGCUCUUGCUGCAAAGCAGCUCCAGAUAGAUGAAAUGAAGCAGAUAAUUGCUAAGCAAGAGGAGGACCUUGAAACUAUGUCUGUGCUCCGUGCUCAGAUGGAGGUUUAUUGUUCUGAUUUCCAUGCCGAGAGGGCAGCAAGAGAGAAGAUCCACGAGGAGAAGGAGCAGUUGGCUGUCCAGCUGGCAUACCUGCUAAAGGAGCAGCAAAACCUUGAAGAUCUUGGCCGAAGCUCUUUGGCAGAGAUGCAGAAUCGCCACGGAGCCAGAGUGCCGGAUCGGGAACACUCACCUCGCCUUGUCCAAAGAGGAACUGGUAGUCAAGACUGGCCAGAGCAGCGGAAUAUCUCAAUAUAUUCAUGUCCCAAAUGUGAAGAAAUUUUACCUGAUUUGGACACACUGCAGAUUCACGUCAUGGACUGCAUUAAUUGAGUGCUGCCCUCCAUUUCUUCGUCUUCUGGAAUUUCACCUGCCAAAUACUUUGGGUUUUUUUUUACUUCUUGCUCAAAUAAUGCUCAAUUCUACAUCCUAUGAAGGAGGUUUUCGGGGGUUUUCUCCUUAACUCAGUGGGAAAACAGUAAAACUCUUCCCCUGCCCUGUAGUCACUAAUCUUGUUGUAAUCUGCUUUAGGGAAGGAAUUUUCAUAGGUUAACAACAUGGAAGUGCUACAGAACUCACAGUGUGUCUGCUGCUAUGAAACCUUUCAGGAACAUUCCCCUGAAGUGCUCUGCCCUAUGGCUGCCCUGCAGAACGAGGUUGACUCACUGAAGUCAGAAGAGCGAUGGGAUAUUUGCUGAUCAACUCUAAGAACAGUGAGCCUGUUUCUCUCUCAUAUAUUAUAUACCAGGAAAGUAAUACAUGAAAAAGCUAUUUGAGAAGCUUUCAGCAAAAUGGAGUAGUGCUGUAUUCAUUGAGCAUUUGAAGUGAACCCUGCUCUUUCUCCAGAUGGCAGUUUUAUUGCUGCCCUUGUGACCAUACUAAUCUGAUGUUAAAUUUUUGAUGGCUUAUGUAACUUCUUGCUUUAGCCAGAUGUGGGUAAGGUUUAAAACAGAUCAUUUAGGUCUGAUACAUGUAGCUCCUGAUGUACUCAAGUCACUUGGUUUUAUAGAACUCUUAAUUUUUAAGGUGUUGUCUUGACUUUUGUUUAUUAUAAUAAAAUAAUUUGAACCUGUACAGUAUUGUGGUAGAAAGCACUGAGAUGGAUGUAUCCUAAUUUAAAAAAUUAUAAUGGAUUUUCAUAUCCCAAAAUAAAUCUAUAACAAUUAUAAAAUUA